AUGACGAUCAAACCCCUUUACGCACCCAGAUCCCAUCGCAAACACAAGUGGAUUCAUUGUUCGUAUUUUGUUGGGAACAAGAAAAUUACGUGAAUCCUUGUAAUAAGAGGGUAUUACCAACACAGUUCAAGGAGUUUCGUGAUGAAAUCGGUAGAAAAGGAGAUGAAAGCUUAUGCCCUACACAUUAAUUCGAAAACAAAAGAAGUGUCGGAAAUUAUAUGAAAAUCAGCAAAAAAAGUCGCAGUUCCAGCCGUCAGAUCACCUAAAACAACAUAAAUUUUCUAAUUUUUCAGAAGUUCUGGAAAUCCCAUUUACAUCGCGUUGGAGCACUCGUUGGGAACAGUCAAUAACGGCCAUGUUUUUGGCGAUGUCGACGUUCUAUUUCGAGUUCACGCCUCUGUGGAACGUAAGGAAGAUUUGUUUUUGUUUUGCACCGUGCAAAAUUUAUUUCUAUCGAAUUACUUGUUCAAAACACGAAAUUUUGUUUGUGGCAGAGUAAUACCAGUAAAACUGAGGUUUUAAAAUACGGGAGUAAUUUUCUAGUUCUUGAAAAGUGCGACAAUUUUGCUAAAUUUUACAUUUUGAAAACUGCACUGUGCAGUUUUUCAAAAUUUAUUUUUGCACAGGGUAAAAAUUUAAUUGCGCAAUGGAUCGUAGGCUAUCAUAUGGCUCUAAGAAACGUUUUUUCUCUGUUUUUAUUCUGAAAUCGUCGGACAGUGUAAAAACAAGUAAUUUUUCGAACCGCACAGUGCAAUUUUUCAAAUUCUUAUUUCGCACUGUGCAAUAAAAAAAUCUUUGUGGAAUAAGCUGAAAACGAGACAAGGUGGUCCAGCAAUUACUUUUCCUGUGCGUAGUUACCUCCACAAUACUGCAAGGUCCACAAAAAGAGUAAUUUUUAAACCGCACAGUGCGAUUUCGGAAAUUUUGAUUUUUGCACCGUGCAAUAAAAAACGUGUGGAAUAAGAUGAAGGCGACACAUGGUUGCUCUGGAAUCACUUUUUCUAUGCUUAGUGACCUCCAAUUUGCUGCACAGUGCAAAAAAAAAGUUUUUUUUCGAACCGCACAGUGCGAUUUUUAAAAUUUUUAUUUUGCACAGUGCAUAAUAAAGGAUUAAAAAAAUCACUGAUUGCGAGAUUCCUGAUAAAAUUAUAUUCUAAAAUUCCUAUUUUUCAUUUUCAGACAAAGCCUUCUACGGCCUAAACGUCACCAAUUCCAUUAUUUCCAAUAACACGGCUAACGGGAUUUCCGCCCGCGAUAUAACGGACAGACUCGCUUUAACGAACGUCACAGCUGAUGGGAACCAAGGAUAUGCCGGGUUGUACGUUCACGGAGGCGCUGGCGACAUCUGGAUCAACGACACUUCGCUGAGUCACAAUUGGGGCGAUGGAAUGAACGUUACGUUUGCCGGCGGAUCCAUCAAUCUGAAUAGCUCCAGAGUGGUGGGGAAUCGGUGGAGAGGUAGGAGAAAAUGAUAAUAAUGAUAGAUUUUGAUGAAAAUUGGGGAAAGUGAAAGUAAAAUUUUUUAAGAAAAAUGCGAAAUUUUUAGAUCGCGCUUUGCAGAAACAUCCGAGAUUUUUUGGUGGAAAAAUGCCAUAAUUUUUUUGUCAUCUUUUUUUGAAAAAAAUGGUUUCUAUUUUUCAUUGUCUCUCGAAUUUUCAAAAAAAAAAAAAAAAUAUUUUUUUAAUUUUUUUUAAAAAUAAUCACUCAAAUUUUCAGGAGUUUCCGUCCAUUACAACACCUCCCUUCCAUAUUUUUCGCUGCACAACGAAGUCGUGAUCAAAGGCAGGCCGGCGAACAAUUUAUUCUACCCCAAAAUGCUGAUUGCUCAAAAUUUGUGGGGUGGAGUUUUGAUUGGGAAUUACUGUAGGGAUGCGGACGAAGCGGCCGAAUACGACAUUCGGCCGAGAGUUCAGAUCAAUUGGGUCCAUUUUGAUGAGAAUUUUUACCAUCCUCAUAUGGAUAUUUUUGCGUGUCAGGAGAAUCGAGUGGCUCAGGGAAUCGUGGACAUUACUGGUAAGAAAAAAAUUUAUUUCUUUUUAUAUCAGAAAAAUUGAAAAAAUGUUAAUAAUGGGGCACAAAUUUGCAAAAUUUGAACGAACCAAAAAAAUUUUUUUUUCAAAAAUUUUUGCCUUGGUCCCCCCUGUUGAUUUUUUUGGAAUUUUUCAAGGAAAAAAUUUUGCAAAAAAACCAAAUUUAUGGGUUAUAUUACAUUACAGUAUGCCAAAAAGAGUUAUUUUUUGAUUUUGCCACAUUUGGCGGGUUAUUUCCCAAAAGUGACACUUUAUACGAUGAAACAUGUUUAUCGACAAAAAGUGUAUUUUUGGCCUAAAACAGUCAAUUUUUUCUGAGUAACUAAUGCAAUAUAUUCCAAACGUCCCAAAAAAAUUUUACCACCUUAUUUUAGUCGAUAAAAACCCCUUUUAUCACCUAAUUUUAGGCAACUCAAUAAUCGGCGGCUCCGGGAUGGGGUUUCGAAUGGAGCCGGCGGUCAACACUCAUCUCAUAAUCAACUCCAAUCGCUUUCAUAACAUUCAAAAUGCCGCGAUGGUGGUGCGGAAUGCCAAGCACCCGCAAUUGAAACAUCUUCCGGCCAAGGUUGAGAUCUACAAAAAUGACAUCAAAAUGAAUGUCGGGCAGUUUAUUGUGGCGAUCGGGAUGAACGAGGACGCCCCAAAACAGUCGUUGAUCUUUUCACAGCAAAAUGAAGUGAGGGCGAACACGGUGAUCAAUCCAUUCCCGUUUUUGAGGCCAAGAAGUACGCCGUAUGCGGCAGUGGUGGUCUCUAGCAGGUAAGUGAAAAAAAAUAUUUUAAUUUUUAUUUUAUAAUUCUUCAAAAAAUCCCAAAAAAACAUAAAUUUUCAGUCAACUAGAUCAUUAAACAUUUUCAUAAAGUGCAUGGACAUUUUUCGCAGCCCGCACCGUGCACAAAAAUCCCCGAUUUUUUUGCACCGUGCAUUUCAUUUUUUUUGCUUUUCGCACUGUGCAUUUGGAAUGUCGCUGCGACAACAGCAAGUUUCAACUUUGUCGCUGCGGCGGCGCCAUAAAUUUGCACAGUGCAAAAGGCUUUUUUUGACGUUUGCACUGUGCGAAAAGGGAAAAAUGAGGUUUGCACUGUGCAUUGGCGACAAGCGUGGGAAAAAGUUCAAAAUGCACUGUGCGAAAGCCAAAGAAAAAAGUGAAAUGCACAGUGCGGAAUGGGGGUCUUUGUGGUCUGCACGGUGCCAUAAAAAAAUGCACUGUGCGUUAGCGACAAGCCUGGGAAAAAGUUCAAAAUGCAUUGUGAGAAAGAGAAAAAAUGUCCAUGCACUUUAUGAAAAUACUAAUAUUCAAAAUUUUUUGGAUAAAAAUUGAAAUUUUAGAAAUUUCGAAAAAAAACUUUUUUAAUGGUAAAGGGGGGACCAAGGCAACAAAUUUUUUGAGGUACAAAGUUUGAUUCUCAGAUUUUGAUGAAACUUGGUGAAAAUUUAGACUAUACUUCUAUAAUGAGUAUCCAAAAUUUUUAGCUCAUGCUUUGCAAAAAUCAUCGACAUUUUUAGGUCGAAAGUUUAUAAAAUUUAGAUUUUUUUCUGCUGAAAAUUUCAGGCUUUUCCGGGCAAAACUGUAAACCACGUAUUUUAAAAACAAUUCUAUUUCCUUUUCAGCAAUGUGAAAAUCAACUACAACUGUUUCGGAAACCCGAAAGCCGACUUUGAAUUGGGCGUGGAAUUGAUGGAGCACGCCAAGAGAAUCGAUGCCAAAAAUAACAAUUGGGGCGAUGCGGACGCCAGAAACUUCCUUCACAGGAUUUUUGAUCAGGUAAGAAAAUCGCGAAAAUCCAAAAAAAAAAUUUUUUUGCUUAAAGGUUACGGUAGUUAUAAAAAAAUUUAUAGUACUCCAUGGUGACUUUUGAUUUUUUGAAAAAUCUUGCAUACACACCCUAAACAGAGGGGAGAUCAAUCUCUGAAACUUUCAGCUCACGCUUUUCUGGGAGACCCGAGAUAUUAAAAAAUUUCCGAGAGAGCACGUAAAAAGAGGAGAGUGGCUAGACAAAAUUUAUUUUUCGCUAAUAAUUUUUCGAAUUUUCGUAGGAAAAGGUUGAUUUUUUGCAGAAAUGUUAGCCACCCCAUUAUUAAUCAGGCUUAAAAUUUAAUCUACAACAAUCUUCACCAAAAUCUGAGAUUUUUUACAUUAUCCAUGACCAAUUUCUCAUCCCCAAAUUUGAUCACUCAAUUCAAGAAAUCCAUUCCAAAUCUCAUGUCCCUUUUCCAGUUCAACCGUUACUCUCUGGCUGCCGUCGAUUUGAAUCCCUACGCCGCCGUUUGCAAUCAACGUUCCCCGAAUCCCACCUUUCUCCAGCAAACUUAUCGCCAUUUCCGUCGCGCGCAUCAACCCUUCGUGAUUGGCGGCACAAUCUUCGAGAACAGCGACCUCCAACCGGGCAAAUACACCGUCACCGACGAUCUGCACAUCAGUCCGGGCGCAAAAUUGACGAUUUCGCAUGGGACGGAGCUGGAAUUUUUGGAUGGCGUGGGGAUGUUGGUGCAAGGAGAGCUGAUUCGCAACGAUUAUUCCAAUCCAUUCCAGCCGAUAAAGUUCACUUCCAAGCCGUUUCAGCUUCCGCACGUGGAAAAUAUUCGGUGAGUUUGGAAAUUGCGUCGCGCUGACGAGUUUUUUGGAAUUUUUGGGGACAAAAUCUUCUUUAUUCCUUUUUUGGCCGAUUUCGAGGUUUUUUGUAGAGAAUUGGAUAAAAAGUUGUAGAAAUAAACAAUCACAACCUUAAGUGCGUCGUAUUUUACAGUUUUCCGAGGUAUUUUUAUCCAUUUUGGGCUUUUUCCGACCUUUUUUUCAACUGGAGGGUAAGACAAUAUUAUUCUUGCUGAAUCUCAGCAAAUCUCUAAUAAUUUCUAUGUCGCUGGCCAUUUCUAGACGUGUAAUGACGUAGACUUACUCUAUCUCCCUCAUUUUUCAGUUUGGUUGACGAUUGGGGCAAUGAGGACGUCUUUUCUGGCCGACUCGAGAUCAAGAUUGAAGGUCAAUGGGGAACUGUUUGCAAUCGGUCUUGGACAGCUUCACAUGCUCAGUUAGCUUGCAACCAGCUUGGACUAACUAUGGAUCCACAAUACUUUGAGAAUUGGCGGAUCUUCGUCGACAAAGGGGACUUGCCAAUGUUGGUGGAUAACAUCAGAUGCGAAGAGCGAGAAUGGGAUCUUACGCAAUGUAGAAGGGAUGGAACUCUUCAUAAUGUCCAGGUAAGAGAAUUUGCUUGUCUUUUUUUUAGUUUAGGAUCAUCGGAGUACCUAAGGCAAAUUCAUUUAUGCCCUAUAUUGAACUAGGUGUUCAUGAAUAAUAAAAUCUCUCUUUUUGUCCGUUUAACAGCUAAAUUGCGCAAUUUUAGGCGUCCUGCCGACCAACUGAGGUUGUUGGCUUGCGCUGCGCUCAACCUCAUUGGGCUGGAGUCCGAUAUUCCCUCCUGGCAAACCCUCCAUCAAUCACUGGUCAAACCACAAUGAACAACUGGAUAAUCGAAAGAGCCGGACUGUUUGACUUUCGAACUUCCACAUUCUCUCCUGCCCUUCAAAUUGAUUGGAAUUACCACACUUUCCAUGGGCUGGUUAUUCGGUGAGAGGGUUUUUUUAUAUUACACUUGAUACUUUUCUUUGAUUUUUUAUUUUGUUCGUAAUUUUUCAGCGACAACUUUGAUGAAGGGCUAGAUAUUGUCUACAAUGAUCUUACAAAAAAGCCAGCUAUUCGACACUCGAGAUUUGAGAGGAACAGAAGAGAUGGGAUUCGCUUGAGAUCGGUUGGACUGACCAUCGAAGAAGUCACGAUAAAAGAUAAUCAAAACGCCGGAGUGCGGUAUAAUCCGUCAAUCAGCGAGUCACUCCAACGAGACAUUGUCUCAUGGCUGGAUAGAAAAGAGCAGCCGGAACUGGAAGCGAAUAAUGUUCAUGUUUUCCCGAACAGAAGUUUGAACAAGCUUCAGGUAAGAUUUUUGAUUAGUCUUGUUGGUUUUUAGGUAUGAAGUUAUGAAAAUGAGGAACUGGAAUAUAGCUAGGAUCAUGGAGUUUGAGAUUUUUUAUUUUGCAAGUGGCUGGAACAGUUUUUUUUGGCGGAAAUUUCGAGGUUUUGGCUUCAGAGGUCAUGUGUAAUAUCGUAAUGCUAUGAACUAUAGGUUUUAGUGCAAUUUACACCUUGAAUUACUAAUUUUGAGUAAAACUAGGGAUUUUUCAACUGGGUUUGAGUAAUUUUGUAGUCAUUGUGGGCAUAAUUACAUUGAUUAUGACCACUUGGGUCUAGUGCAAUAUAAUUGGAAUUUAUAGUGCAAAAUCGACGGGAUUUUUUUUCUAAUUAUAUUUUAUGGCAGAUUACAUCAUAUUAUGAAGAUGGUUAUUAGUUUUUAUUGAUUUAAGUUUUGAUUUUAGCAAUUUUUUUAUCUUGAAUGUCAAGUGUAAUGUCAAAAUUUCAAAUUUUCGAACGUUUAUUCUCAUCUUUUCAGGUCCACGAAUCCCAGUUAAACCACCGUCGCUUUCUCGUCGCCAGAGCCACCCCCGACUGCCCGUUGGUCUCCGGCGAUCCAUGCUCAUUUGAAAUGCAGCUGGAAGCCCAAGGAUAUGAAUACGGAAUCACUUCAAAACUUGUAGUUCAGCUGGUCAACCGCCCCAACAACGAGUCCGAUGAAGAUGUCGUCCUAGUCGACCAUCAAGGACACAAAGUUUGGAGUGCUCGCAAAAAUCCGAUCGAUUUUCCGAUCCAAUCAGCUGGCCCAAGUUUAACUUUGAGGUACUCCCGAAGCUAUGGCGCCCCCAAAGUAAUAUUGUUGGUCCUGUUUUUGGACACUCAAGAAUAUCUGGACAAGUUUGUACACGUUUAUCAGAGUGUCAUCGACAAUAAUCAGUACGGGGUUUCCGCCAUCCACUACAGUAACCUCACUUUUGACGAUGGCACGGUGCUGAAUAGGUGGAGCGAAGAGAAAUUGUGGUUUCAGAAGGUAAAAUACGAGUUAUUUUGCUAAUUCUGGCAUUUUGCGGUUUCAAUUUUGGGGUCUUACGGAUUUUUUUGGAAUUUUUUAUCAGGUGUCUAGUGUAGUAUAAUUUGUUGUCAAAUUUUAAAUUUUUAACGGCUUUUUAAAAUACGACUGAUUUUGUUAAGUUUAUUGCGUUUUGCGAUUGGAAUUUUGGGGUUUACGGGAUUUUUUUUUUGGAAAUUUUUAUCAGGUGGUCUAGUGUAAUAUAAUUUGCUGUCGAAAAGUUUAAUUUUUUCGGGUUUUUGGGUUCAAAAAAUUAUAUACGGUCUUAUCUUUCUCAAUGUUCGAUAUUCAGGCAAAAUUGAAAAAUUUACGGUAUGCUUUUAAAUUCAGAUAUCAAAUGUCAAGUAUAAGGUAAUUUUAUGAUCAAAAUUUUGAAGUUUUGAUGAUUUUGGAGUUUCAGAAGGUAAAAUACGAGUAAUUUUGCUAAUUUUGGCAUUUUGCGAGUUAAAUUUUGGGGUCUUACGGAUUUUUUUCGGAAAUUUUCAUCAGGUGUCUAGUGUAAUAUAAUUUGCUGUCGAAAAGUUUAAUUUUUUCGGGUUUUUGGGUUCACAAAAUUAAAUACGGUCUUAACUUUCUCCGUGUUCAAUAUUUAGUCAAAAAUGGGGAAUUUUCAAUACACUUUGAUAUUCAGGUGUCAGCUGUCAAGUAUAAGGUAAUUUUUUGGACAAAAGUUUGAAGUUUUUGUUAUUUUGGAGUUCCAGAAGGUAAAAUACGGGAUUUUUGGUCCGUUAAGUUAUUCUUUAUGAGUUUUAAUUUAAAAAAAUUUAAAUUCAAUUUGCAUAGUGCAAUAUAAAUUUUUGGAAUUUUCGAUGAUUUUCUUUGGUUUUAUGGUGUGAGAAGCUAAGUUAUGAGCCAAAAAUCGCUCUUAACGCUAUCUGAAAUAAUUCAUCACCCUUUUUUAGGUCAACUUUACCAACAAUAAAGAAGCCGUCGUCUGGAUUCACAGCCCUCAACACGGCGUCGUAGAAGGCACCCCACUCGCCGACAUCACUUGGCACAUUGACAACUGCUCCAUACAUCAUAAUGCGGGCCCAAUUAUUGAUACUCAUCGAGAUUUGUUCGCCAGCGCAAAUAUUUUCCAUUGGAAUUUUUGGUCGAAUACCUUUGAAAACAACACGGAUAGUGGAGUUAAUGUGGUUUUACCGGACACAUAUGACCUUUUGAGCCACAAGGAACACACUUUUUGGGUAAGUGGGACGGUUUGAAGAGGUUUUUGGAAAAAAUUUUAUAUUAAUUUAGGUAAAUUUUUGGUGAAAAGGUCUGAUUUUUUCAAUUUUUUUUGAUUGAAAUGGUAAAAUAUUGAUCAAGGAAGCUGUCAGAAGAAGGUUGUAGGGGUUGGAAGUGUUCUAACAACUUUUUUUUACAAAUUUUUGUUUUUUAUACCUAAAAUAAUAUAAUUUUGGAAAAAGUUUGUCAAAAAAUCAAAAUUUAUUUGGUCUUUUGAUGUCUAGAGUAAAAUAGAGGUCUAUAAAAGCUGUGGAAUCACUUUCAGAUGACAGAAAAUCGUUUCCAAGGCAACACCGGCUUCUAUAUUAACCUUGGCGGAUACCAUUGUUUUGCCAAUAUCUCCUCCAACAAUGUCACCGACAACUUUGCACGACCCGAUCUGGGCAUUAUGUCGCUGAAUGGAAUGGAAAAACGCCUCGUAAUGGAGCGGAAUCGCUUCUUUAAUAACUGGGGACACUGGAUGGUCAGAAUUGACACGGACAGCCAAUAUCUCCGCUCCCAGGAGGUCCCAAGCUACGUACAGUACAAUUACUUCCAAUUUAACAAGUUUGUACAAAGCCUCGACGACUAUGUGGACUCUUGGCCAAGAAGUUUUUGUGUUGGAGCAUUUGGAACACAAAAAGUGGACGUUCAUUAUAAUCGGCUGAAAAAUAAAUUGAUGGACUUUGAAAUUGUGGCUGGAGUUAGGGUAGGUUGAUUUUAGAGAGUGGGAAAUUGGUCUGAAGGGGGAUUGGGAGAAAAAUAGAGGGUUUUAAUGGAGUUUUGAUUAGGGUUUAGGGCUAAUUUUGAAAUUUUUUGAGCGAAAAAAUAGGUGAAAUCGCUGAUUUUGAUUAAAUUUUUUUUAUUUUUGGGAAAUUUAGAGUAUAAUUUUUUGUUUUUUUUGCCCAAAGAUGCCUCGGAAAAUUUUUAAUUUUUUAAAAAAAAUUUUUUUUUAAAAAUUUUUUUUUGUUUUUCCUUCAGUUUUUAGCCUCAACGACUUUUUGAUGAAAUUUGAGAGGAAUUUAGAGUGUAAUUUUUUGGUUUUUUUGGCUCAAAAAAUGCCUCGAGAUAUUUCAAAAAAAUUUUUUUUUGAAAUUUUUGAUUUUUUUUUCUAAUUUUUCAAAAAUUUUUCAGCCUCAGCGCCCCGCCAUCGACGUCAUGAACAUUACCUAUAACUGGUACGGAGUUGCAAACGAAGCCGGCGUCGCCCAACGCAUCUUCGACGUCGACGACUGGAACAUUUUCUCCGUCGGAAAUUACUCCCCAUUCUACAGCAGUGAAGAGCAGUUCCUAAAUUUUUGGUGGGAACCCCAAAAAGGCCAACUAAUCUACGCCGAUCCGGCAGAACCGAACGAACUGGAUUUGAAGGGACGAAUGUAUCAAUCCAAGAAUUUGUCGCUGAAUCCGGAACGAUGGUACAAAUUCCCAUAUGUUUAUAGACCGUUCAGACCGUAUCGAGUCACUCGGUGAGGAUUUUUAUUUUUUUUGAAAAAAAAAAAUUUUUUUUUUUGAGUUUUUGGAUGGUAAGGGGGGACCAAGGGGAAAAUUUUGUAAAAAUCGAAAUUUUCGAAUUUUCGAGAAACAGUGGUACUACUUUAGAAUAAUUUUUUGAGAUGUGGUUGAGUUGUUUGGGUCGAAAUUUUAACGAAGAUACCACCAAAAUUUUUUAGUUUUCCAUGUUUGGAAAAAUUUUUUUUGCUUUUUUGAGUAGUAAGGGGGGACCAAGGGAAAUUUUUUUUAAAUCGAAAUUUUCGAAGUUUCGAGAUCGUGUUGAAACUUUAGAAUAAUGUUUUCUAAGAUGUAUUUGAGUUCUUUGGGUCGAAAUUUUAACGAAAUUACCUCUAAAAUUUGUGAAUUUACCAUUUUUGGAAAAAAUUUUUCGAAUUUUUUUUUUGAAGUUUUACUUUUUAAAAAAAUGUUUUGGCCUUUAUCAUACUGCUUUUUAGACCAAUUAAAGUUUACUGUAAAAGUUUUUAAUUAGAUAUUAAGUUAUUUUUCCAGUGAUCUAACUAUCAUGCCCGGCGCAACCUUGACCAUCGAACGAAAUGUGGAAGUCCAUGUGUGGCCAAACGUUCGAAUUUUGGUCCUCGGAAAUUUAAUCGCCGAUGGAACACUCUGGCAGCCGAUCAGAUUCAAACCAAUCAACGCCACCGAAUGGGCGGAGGAACAAGGAACGAGACCCACAAGAUAUAGAAGACAUACAACUUUGCGACGCCAGAAACGGAGGAUUGAUCUGGAUCAGAGACAUGAAGCAUAUGUGAAACGGAGAAAGAGGGCGUAAGUGGGGGAUUGAAGGGAUAAAAAUAAAAAAAUUUUGUGGAAUUUUGGGAUUUUUUCGCAUUAUUUUUAGGUAUUUUUGGCCGGAAAAGGCCGUUUUUUAGUGGAAAAUUUGAUGAAUAAAGAAGUUUUAAGAGUCAAGGAGGCCUUUUGAAGGUAUUUAGAAGACGUUGACUGAAAAAAGACGACUGAUUUUUUCAUUGAAAUUUUUUCAAAAAAAUCCGAUUUUUUCACUAAAAAAAUCAAAAUUUUGACUUAUUUUGCCCUCGGGCAUGAUCUUAUAAAUUUUCUUUUUGGUUAUAAAAAUUUUUAUUAUUGAAAAUUACAGUACUCCGCAACGAUUUGACCCGGUUUACAAUCAGUUCCCGACCCUCAGAAGAGAAGAUCCAUUUCAUCAAGAUUUUCGAGUCUUGCUGUCUCAAAAUGGAAGUAUUCUUGGAAGAAGUGGCUUCCUGGAACUUUAUAACGCAACCACAGGCGAAAUUGUACCCUCUUGCGAUCAACAAUUUACAGCGAGAAAUGCUAUGGUAAAAAAGAUUUUUGAGGAAAAUUGACAAAAGUUUGUGGAGAUUUUAUAGGCUUUUUUGCCCUAUAAAUUAUCCAUAAAUUUUCGUAAUUUUUUGGUGAAAUUUUUUUUUGUUUUAGGUGGUUUGCCGUGAGCUUGGCUACCGAACCCAGAAUGCAUAUCAUUGGAUCACCCCAAGAUACGACUAUAAUCCCCAAAUCCGACUGGUCAAGACUUAUAUGGAGCCCAGGGAAUGCCGCGGAAAUGAGCGGCGCCUCGCCGAAUGUCCCUUGCGUUUAGCCGCAAACGACCAAAUUUGGAUGUGCAUGAAUACGAUUUUCCACAACUACAUUCAUUGUGGAGACGCCCAGAAGAUCAGUACGGAGUAUUUUGGGCAGUUUGGUGGAAUCACUUUUGCUCAUCAGGAGCUGGAUCUAAUUCAAGAAAAAGUUGAUGGUAAGGGAUAAAGACGAGAUUUUUAGAUCGAUUAGAGGUUUUGGAAAAUAGCAGGGAUGUUUGAAAAGUAUAUUGAGAGAGUAUUUUAUGGGGUUUGAGUCAAGAUUUUUGAUUUGGAGGGGUUUUGGUAUCAGAUGUCAUGGAUAAUAUAAAUUUGAUGGAAAGGUCUGAAUUUUUGAGUUGAAAUUGGGAAGUAGAAUUGGACUAUGGCAUUUUAAGGCAUAUGGGAUGUUUUUAUUUAAUUUUUAGACUUGAUUUACCUUGUUUUAGAUAAAAAAAAAAUUUUUUUGAACUACAUAUUUUUUAAUUAUUGUAAAUUUUGAUAAAUUUUUGCGUUGAAACACUCGAUUUAAUUGCUGAUUAUGGUGUUUCAGACUCCUCCGUCCUUCGGCACGUCGAAAUUGUGGGCGGCGGCCAAGCCCACAACGACUCGUAUCAAACGGCGGCCCUCCAAAUCGUCCGCCGAAACCCGAUCCUCGAAAAUGUAAACGUCACCAACUCCUCAAUGCAUGGCCUCCAAAUCAUCGCGCCCAGAGAGAAUGUCAUCCUCACCAGGCUGAAUAUUUCGGACAAUCCGGGUCAGGGCCUCAAUAUCUUGUCGAUGAACCUGCAAGCCGCCCAAAACGGCGGCCAGACCUCGAAAGGCCCUCUAAACUUGCCGUAUAAUGUCCCCGGCAUGCUUGAUGUGUGCUCAGGAGGAAAGGAGGUGAUGGUGGGGAACAGAAUAUUGGUAUAUUAUAAAUAUGACUCGAAGCCAGUGGAUUGUGUCAAAGUUUUCAAGUCCAAAACGGCGAAGAAUCUUGGAUUCAGGUUUUUGCAGGUGAGCUGGGGUUUUAAAAAUUUAAAAAAUCGGGUUUUUUGUUGAGAAAUAAAAAAAUUUAUUUUGAAAAAACAAUUUUUUGAUAAAAGCAUUUCUGAGAAAAAAUCAAAAAAAAAAAUUUUUUUGGUGAAAAAUUCAUUUUUUUCAAAAAAAAAAAUAUAUUCUUUCCAACAAAUAGUAAAAAUUUUUUCAACCUUUUUUUUAUUCUGGAAAUUUUUUUUUUGAUAAAAAGCAUUUCUGAGAAAAAAAAUCAAAAAAAAAAAAAAAUUUUUUUGAUAAAAAAUUCACUUUUUCAAAAAAAAAAAUAUUUUUUUUCAACAAAAAAAAUCAAUUUUUUCAACGUUCAGGUGAAUAUUUACUCGGCCAAUAACCCCCUUGGCCGACCGGACGCUCUUUCCCUUUACUCGGACGACACUUUUCGCCCAAUUUCCCUUCUUGUGAAAUACGACGGAACUUCGACCGGAAAUCCGGCCACAACCAUCGCAAAUUAUCCCCCGAUUUCCUCGAGAUCCACCGUCCUGGGCCUCCAUCUACGCGCCACCGCCGCGGAUGGAGAGUUUGGGUUUAUAGCGGAGGUCGCCGCACUCCCAUCGGCACCGGAUUCGAGACAGGUCGAUGAAAUUUCGCUGAGGAAUAGCCGGUUUCAUAACAAUGACCGAGGAGCUGUGCAGGUGAGAUUUUUUGAGGUUUUUGCGAGGUUUUUUGGUAUGAUUGGGGAAAAUAAAAGUGUGAUAGGAGUGAUACUGGAUCUAGAGGAUUAUUUGAUUGUGAUUCGAAAAAAAUUUUUACGGAUUUUUUUUUGAAAAAAAAUCACCUUGGUCCCCCCUGACUACUUUUUUUUGAAUUUCGAUUUUUUUUUAUUUUUUUUUUUUAUUUUAUUGGUAUUGUAAAGGAAAAUGAAACUGAAAUAUCGGAUAGACAGGGUUUUAUAUAUUGUUUUACGGUGAUUUCUAAAAAAAAAUUGACGUAUUUUUUCUUCGAAAAAAAUUGACCUUGGUCCCCCCUUACCAUUUUUUUUCAAAUCUUCAAAAAAAUUUUUUUUCAGUACCGAAAUGUCGGAGAAGUUGGUCCCAAUUUGAUCAUGGAACAGUGUCUAGCCCAAGGGAAUGGCUACUUCCUCUUUGGAAACGUCUCAACUUCAGCUCAAGCCGUGGAAUUACACCUACAUAACACAAUACUUCUCCUGUUCAGAGCGAAUGCACUCCACGAAAAUCAAGGUGGAUUGUUGGUGACGGCCGAAAGUAGCAGCGCUGUGGCUCGAUUAAACGCGGUGGUGAAGAAUUCCGCUUUCACAAUGAACAGGAAUUCAACUGCUUUGGCUUUUUUGGGUAAGGAAAUGGGGAUUUUUUAGAUUUUUUUUUGUUUUUUUUUGGUUUUUAUUUUUUGAAAGUGAGAAUAGAAGGGUAAAAUACGUGCGACCAAUGUUUUCAGUAGGAAUUAUGGUUUUUUUCAAAAAAAAUUUUUUUUUAUUUUUUGGUUUUUUUGCGGAAAAAUAUUGUGUAAAAUAUUGUUUGAUACUGAAAAAAGUGGUGUAGAUUAAGUUAAAUAAUAGUUUUGUGCUUUUUAACUGGAUAAUUUUGCCUCCUGGAUCUUUUUUAAAAGUUUUAUUUUUUUAGGUAUCAAAAAAAUUUUUUUUUUAUUUUUUGAUUUUACUAGAAAAAAUUUUGCUGUAUAAAUUAGUGAAGAUCUUUCUGGAAUAAAAUUAACAUAUCUUACAAUUUUUUUUUGAGCUGAAAAUUCAAAUUUUUUUUUUAAAAUUUUUUGAAAUUUUUUUCAGGCAACGAUUACCAACGAGUCACCCUCCUAAACAAUAUCAUCUCGAAGAACUACGCCCUCUACUUUGACACCUGUCUCGUCCAAGGAAUGAGCGUGAAUUUCACGAGGAAUGUGUUCAGCAAUAACACCGGCACGCACACUGUCGACACCCAAGGAUAUUCCCAAAUUUCAUCGGACGCCCAGUACUUUUACGAGAAUUUCUUCGAAAACAAUGUCGCAUUAGGCCAUGGAAAUCAGUAUGUGGAACGGUUUGGGUUCUUACCCGAGUUUGAAAAUGAGGAAUUCAAUCGGAGGCCGAAGAGACGGGCGAAACGACAGGUGAGAAUUUUUUUUGAAUUUUUUGAAAAUUUGAAAAAAAAUUUUUUUUUGGAUUUUUGAAAUUAAUUUGGCAAGACUUUUGAGGGCAAAUAAAAUAAUUUUUUCUCAUUUUUAGACCGAAAAUUUCCAAAAAAUUUUUGAAUUUUUACAAAAAAAAAACAAAAAAAAUCUGCAAAAAAGGCACGAAUAUUGAUUAAAAAUUGUUUUUUCUGACCGUCUCUUCUUGUUUUUCUGUACUAUUAUCGGGUUUUUUUAAUUUUCAAAAAAAAAAUUUUUUCCAAUUUUAUCAAAAUUUUGAUGUCAAAUUUAAUCAAAAAUCAAAUUUUCAGGUGAUAAAUCAACGCGGAGUAUCCUUCGACUGGUGGACCCAUGUUGGCCGAGAAACGGGCCGUUACAGAUCGACAAUUUUGUCCGGCUCCGCAGCCCAAAAAUUGGAGAGAAACGUGUUCAACAACCCCGGCAACCCCUACGAAUUGACGACCUCCGCCCAAACUCAGUUCGAUACGGGCGCUGUAGACGCGAUGAACAAUUAUUGGGGCUACCCCGGAACUCCUGGAGUCGCAGCAGGCAAAAUUAGAGACCAGGCCGACUAUCCGUACCUGGUGAAAGUCAAUUAUAUUCCGGUUUUGGAUUCAAACACCAGCUUGAUUGAAGGUAGGCAAGGAGAAUGUGAAUUUUGAUGAAAAAUUGAGGGUUUUACAAGGGAGAAGUGAUAGAAAGUUGUUUCAAAUGAAAAAUAGAUUGUAUGGAAGAGGGGAAAGGCAGUGUUUGGGAAAAAUUACGGCAAGAGGGGACCAAAAAUACUUUUUGGAGGUAAAUGUCAUGGGUAAUAUAAAUUUGAUGAGAAAUCGAGGAUUUUACAUGGGAAAAGUGAUAGAGAGUUGUUUCAAAUGAAAAAUAAAUUGUAAGGAAGAAAGGAAGACAGUCUUGGGAAAAAUUAUGGCAAGAGGGGACCAAAAAUACUUUUUCGGAGAUUAAUGCUACGGAUAAUAUAAAUUUGAUGAGAAAUCGAGGAUUUUACAUGGGAAAAGUGAUAGAGAGAAUGAACAAUACAUCAUAAGGAAAGAGGGAAAGGCUGUGUUUGGGAAAAAUUAUGGCAAGAGGGGACUAAAAAUACUUUUUGAAGAUAUAUGCCAUGGAUAAUAAAAAUUUGGUGAGAAAUCGAGAUUUUUACUUAUGAAAAGCGUUAGAAAGUUGUUUCAAAUAAAAAAUAAAUUGUAUGGAAGAGUGGAAAGGCAGUGUUUGGGAAAAAUUACGGCAAGAGGGGACCAAAAAUACUUUUUGGAGAUUGAUGUCAUGGGUAAUAUAAAUUUGAUGAGAAAGCGAGAUUUUUACUUAUGAAAAGCGUUAGAAAGUUGUUUCAAAUGAAAAAUAGAUUGUAUGGAAGAGGGGAAAUGCAGUGUUUAGGAGAAAAUACGGCAAGAGGGGACCAAAAAUACUUUUUGGAGAUUGAUGUCAUGGAUAAUAUGAAUUUGAUGAGAAAGCGAGAUUUUUACUUAUGAAAAGCGUUAGAAAGUUGUUUCAAAUGAAAAAUAGAUUGUAAGGAAAAAGGGAAGACAGUGUUUGGGAAAAAUUAUGGCAAGAGGGGACCAAAAAUACUUUUUGGGAAUGGAUGCCAUGGAUAAUAUAAAUUUGAUGAGAAAUUGAGAAUUUUGACUGUGACAGGGUUUGUAAUGGAGUAAAAUGUUGAAUGUGAUCCUGAAAAGAUGAUUUUGGAAAACAUGGGGGGCAAGAAAGGACCAAAAAAAUUUUCUGGAGAAAAAUGCCAUGAGUAAGAUAAUUUUGGGGGAAGAAAUAAAAAAAGAAGUGUUUUUGUGAAUAUGAGCGUUGGAAAAUGGUUGGAGGUGGAUAAAAAUUCUUUUUCAAGGUGUGGUAAUAGGGAGCAGGGAAAAAAAAUUUUAUUUUUGAUGUGUGUCCCAUGGAUAAUACAACUUUUCCAAAAAAAUGGAAAUUUUUGGUCGUUAUUUGGUUGUUAUUUGGUUUGUAUAUAAAGAUAAUGCCAUAUUAUUUCAGGAGAUUGCCCAGCAGGCUGGUUCCAAGUCGGAAACGACGAGUUCAAGUCCUGUUUUCUCUUUGUUGGCGCCUCAAUGACGUAUCAUGGAGCGGUCGGAUUCUGCGAAGAUUUGGACGCUUUCAUGCCAAUUUUGCGCGCCGACGAUACGCGACAGAAAGAUCUGGCAAGACGAGUCGAUUUCUUUGGCCAGCAUUACAUUACCGAAGCCGAGAAAUACAAUUCAAUGGGGGUGAGUUGAGCAGGUUUAAUGUAACUUUUUUUGUCCUUGGAGCGGUGGUAUUGAGGGGUAGGUUUUAUCAUAGAGGCUGUAGAGGAUUUAGAACUAGUUUGAAAAAUUUUACGGCCAUCUGAAAGCUAGAUUUUGAGCAAUGACUAUUUCGAUUUUAAUGUCAAGUGUAAUAUAAAUCUUUGUUUAAAAAUUUCUGAGAGUGUCUAAAAAUGAACGAAGAUGGCGUUAGAAGCAUUACAAACAAUUUAGGAGCCUUUUGGUUAUUAUUCUUGAUAAAAAUUUUGUCAAGUGUAAUAUAAAUUUUUGUCAAAAAAUUGUCGGAAAUGAUAGAAGGUAGUCCAGCAAGGAAUAAAAAGCCCUAAUAUGUCAUUUUCAGCACUCUUUUGACAUCCCCAUAUGGAUUUCGUCGGUGACUUUGCCCUCAAAUCAAUGCGGAUGGCUGUCGUCGAGAACCGGAAGUAUUGGAGAGCAAAAUUGCAACAAUUUGCUACCGUUUGUCUGCGAAAAAGGAACCCGACCAUACAAGGAACCGAUUUUAUGGAGAAGAGACUUGGUCUUUGUGGCAAUUGCACUUCUUUUGUUGGCUUUAUUGAUAUUAUUUUUGUUGAUUUGUGCAUGCCGAAGGGCCAAGAAGCGAGAAAAGCAAUUCAAAGCGCAGAAGCUGCAGUUUAGAGAGGGAUCGUUGAGGAAAAAGAGCCCGUAUAACCCAAGGGCAAUGAGAAAUGGAGGUGAGAACGUUUUUUGGGAGGUUUUUGGAAAAUUUGACGAAAUGUCACAUUUUUUGACAUUUCGUCUUUAGAUCGAAAAAGUGUCAAAAUCGAGGAAAUUUUGAAAAAAUAUGUAGGAGAUUUGAAAAUAUAGGUGUCUAAGGCUGUAAUAAUUGAGUUUGGUAAAGUUUUAUUGAGAUGUUAUAGGUGUUAUAGCCGAUUUUCGAUAUCAAUGUCAAGUAUAAUAUAAAUUUUCAGCUCCACCCAACUCCACCGACAUUUUUGACGCCAUGAACCCACAAGCCAAUGUCGCAAACGUCGCCAAACUCCAGGAAUCGAUGAGAAAGCACAAUUCGUUGACGAAGAAUAAGAAAAAUUUGGCAGCAACCACCGUUACUUCUUCCUCAUGCACCUCAUCCUCGGUGACAUAUGAGUCCACCGACUACUGCUCACGGACGAAUUGUGACCUCAGCACGGAGAAUACAUACUCAUCGCUGACGCAAUCUCCCCCACCGGCAUAUAAAACGGACACGAUGCGAUCAAAGGGGUUGGGGACAAGCAGAAGUAAAGGCGUUUCGUUGAGACCAGAUCCAUACGAUCUGAGCACGUUGAGAUCGGCGGGAAAGAAGGGAUGUCAAGGUAGGUUGGAAAGAAUGGAUAAUGGAUUUUUAAAAUUUGGGGGGGGGGGGUUAUGUUAUACUUGGGUCUAGUAUAAGGUAAAAAGUUGAUGAUUUUUUUUAUCAUUUGGGGUUAAUAGUGUGGUUUAAAUUGUCGUAAAGGGGUUGUUGAGUUAUGAGAAAAAAGAACAGCAAUUUUUAUGGCUAUUUUUUGGAGUAUUAUAUUGUACUUGAGUCUAGUGUAAGGUAGUCAAAGUAAUGGUCAAACUGGAGAAGUUUGCGAAUUAGGGAGACUGUUGUGUCGGUAUUUGUCGCAGGCUUUCAGUUGGAGCUGAAUUUUUAAGGGUAAUGAUUAUUGAAGGAUGAAUUUUAUAUUAUCCAUGGGUCUGGUACGAAAUAAUUUAAAAAUGAAGAAAUUUUAGGAAAGAAAAGGGUCUGGAAAUUAUCAGUGGACGUAAUAUGACAUUAUAGAGCUUUUAGGGUUGGGAACUUAAAUUUAUCAUUUUCAUUAUUGUCUAUGACACUAAUUUUUUCAGUCAAUAGCACCUUCGAUUCGGAAGCCAAUAGCACAUAUGUGACCUGUUCGAACUGCUCAAACUCAUCAAGAACUUACUCCUCAACAUAUUAUUGCUCAACAUGCACAGCCGACACGAAUUCGGUGGCGGACAGUGAGGCGACUUUAACCGAAGCACCCACCGUUUUGGACACUCUGGACGAAGAAGUGAGCAGCCGGUCGUCAAAUUCGACGGUCACUGCCGAGAAACCGCUCAUAAAACCCCCAAGAAACUUGAGUGGACGCUCUCAGGGAACUAUCCCAAUUGCGACACCUUCAAGCACAUUAAUGGCUAGCAGCAGGACCGAUUCGACCUUACAGUAGGUUUUGAAAGGGGUUUUUUGGAGGAAAGGCCUGUGAAUUUUAUGAAAAAGAUGGGUGAAAUUUGUUUUGAAAGCAGAAUGAGGUAUUGAGAUAAAAUUUUAGGAGGAAAUUUGCAGAUAAAAUCGAUUUUUUGGAUACUUUUUGAGGAAAAGUUGGAGAAAAUUUUCAAUUUUUUUUUAGAUUUUGUUGACUUUUUUUUGAUUUUUUUGAUGAAAGAUGAGUAAAUAUGGAUUUUUAUUGGUGUUCAAAUGCUCUGAGAAAAUUUUAGAGUUGUCAAAAUGAUUUUUUUUUUGAUUUUUUAUCGAUUUUUUGGUCCGGCCCGCCCUCGACAUAUUUUUUUGAAAAUUUUUCUAGACGGGCGAAAUUGUUUUAAAAGUCUUUUUUUUUUUGAGUAAAAUACGAGAAUAGAGCUUUUUGAUUGGUGAAAAGUCAUAUUUUUUGACAAAAUUAUCAUUUAUUUUUGAUCUAAAUGAUGAUUUGAUUAAUUUUUCUCCCCAUUUCAGACCGAAUCCCCACGCCUCAGCCCGAUCUCAGCACUCUGGACUCCCAUCGACGAGAUCCAACCCGAAUUUGGCUCAAAUCCCUCAACAAUUUAUUCCGAGACAGCCUCAGAAAGUAGCCGAAUUGGAGUCGGAACCAAAAAGGCAACGUCCAAAGUCGGGUUUCCAAGAGCCACCACCCCCGUAUUCGUCGCAAGAAUUCUUGGAAUCGGACACUUUGGGAAGAAGAAAGGCCCAACCGACGAGCUUGAAUGAGAUUCUGAGGAAGUCCAGUGGAUUGGUGAUGUCACCCGUGAAUUUUCAAAGUGAGUUUUUUUUUGAUUUUAUUUUUUUUUUUUUGGAAAUUUUGGGGAUUUUUGGAGUUUUUUUAAGGAUUUUUUGUUUUUUUUCGACAUAAAAAUGCAUUUUUCCGCUCAGAGUUGGGGAAAAAUGGCUGAAAAAAGUGUCGUUUUAUGACGGUCUCUCCUCAUUUCCCAUAGUCUCUCUUUAGGAUAGAUUGUUGAAUAUCUCGGCUCUGUCUGCAAAAUAUUGACCAAAAUUUUUGGUGGUUGAAAUAUGGUCUGUGCUGAUUUAUUUUUCGAAAUUUGAUAGAAAUCGGACAUUUUUUUUAACUUUUUUGAUUUAUUUUUUUAUUGAUACCUGUCUAGUAUAAUAUCGAAAAUUUUUAUGCUUUUUUUUCAUUUUCAGCCCAACCAAAACCCCCACCACAGCCCCAAGCCCGCCCUCCCACCAUGGGCUACAUUAAUAUGGGAUUCCCGGCGACCGGAGAGCGCCCACAAACCAAGCCGCCACUACCUCCGCCAUCAAUUCAGCUGCGACAAAGAACACAAUCUGGCGGUCAAACCCCCACGGGCAGCCAACGCCCAGCCCAACGACCCAAGUCAGUAAUGCGGAUGGAUCAAGGAGUCAUGAGAAUGGAGACUUCCAUGUGA